AAGCGGAGGGGAAUCCAGAACUCGCCGAAUUCUUGCGAUCUGAUGCUGAUGGCCAAGGCCAAAUACGUUUUCAGAGAAUAAUGGCUUGGGACGUCAUCCUCCAGGAUUGGAGGAAUAGAUACGACGAUUACCGAGUAGGUAUCAAGUCGUUUAACGACACGUUCUGGAAAAACAAAGCGGACGAAUUGAAUGUGGACCGUCGAGAUAUUGUUAAUUCCCCAACACUCUUAGAACUUCGAUCACGCGCAUUAAGACUGGGAAUCAAGCUCACAAACAAGUUGUGGAACGACAAUGUAGCAGAAAUCCUGAUUGAGACUGCAAAAUUAAACAAACGUCGGAUGAACGAGGCAGCUGAGCACACUCGCCAGACGAUGCGGAUGGAGCUGGAGAAGUAUCACAAUUGGCUCAUCGCUGAGGCGACAAGCGGACACCGAUCGACAGGCGCUGGUGAAGGGAGUACGUCUCUCCCAGAAUAUUGCUCCGACACCCAAAUUGUUCCACCGCUCUCAGAGUUCCUUUCCCUACCGGUGAUCUCAGCUUUUCUCUCCAAAAGCUUCUCGAUGAGCACAAGCGAGUCGUGUGAGAGGGACUUUGCAAGGAUCAAGAGAGACCUUUAUGACAAGCUUGGAACCGUGAGGCGAUUGGUAGAUCAACAAAUCGAGUCCUGGGUUACCAAAACAAAAGAUCGAUUAGCUCUCAUCCUCAGCGAAGAUAACAAGACUCUGGUCAAGAACCUCAGGAACAAUACCGUGAACGCGCUUCAUCCAGCUGAUAACCCUACUGCUCUCUUUGCUUGCGCGUGUGCGAAGGAAGAGCCAGCAGCAGUCGUGUCGGAAGCAGGCGGCCGCCUUUCACUCGAAGCCUUUGCACCAACGUUCGGCUCCGAAUGCGUUGGGAUGGAUUUGCGUGCAGUUUGCGCACACCGGUGCCGGCAUAAAUCAAAAACUUGGAGCAUUGACAGGUUCUUUCCUGAUUCUCAAGCGACCCGAGUAAUGCAUUUGGCUUUGGAUGCUGCAGGGAUAGAGGCUUCAAAGCCCUCUGUAAAGAACCAACUGGAAGAACGAAGAAAGAGGUUAAUUUUCGAAUGUUUAACUUGCAAUGCUGGCCAACCAAUAUAUCUCUCUAUUCGGGAUGUGAUACAGCAUGGUCGUCGUCAUCCGGACGAUCUCAAAUUGGUGCUUGUCACUGACUUGGAUGUGCUGAGCCAAGUAAUCCCUACUUUCUCCAAUGCUAAUCGGGGCACAGUUGCACGUCUCAUCAAGGGACGUCGUGACGGUGCUCUGAAGAAGCAAGCUGAUAUGAAGAAGUACGAAUGCAAGCACUGUUCACUAUUUCUCCGAAGAAAGAACCGGAUGCUCCUCUCUUUCAAUGGUCUCAGAUCUCACUUGAAAGCGAAGCACAGCAUUCAGUACGUCCGUGAUGAAGAUCUUAUCGUUCGGACUUGGGAUGCGGACAAUGGCAAGGCAGGGAGAAAUGCCAAGAAAGGAACCAGUCUUAGAGCGGGAAAACUUAGCUUGGAAACCCCUAGAUGAUGGGUGUGCACGAUUGGCCGUUCAGAUGCUAUGGAGAUUGUUUACGAACCAUCCAAAACUUAACCACGACUAUUUUGUGAUGUACUAAACUUGGAACUUCGUGAAGUGUGAGUACUGCUUGUAGUCUGAGGAGUACCUUGGUCUCGACCGUGAUACGCCUGGAAGACCGAGGAGAAAGGCAAAAAGAAAGGGGAGGAAGGGAUGAGGCUCUGCAUAAUGUCACGGAGUCAUAGAGGCUGGAUCGAG